AUGGACAGUACAGAUAAACAUGUAGAAGAACCAACAGAUAUUCAUAAAGCUCCUAAUACUCCUAUAGUCAAAAAAACAAAAAGGAAACAAAAUACUGAAGAAGAGUCACCUAUGCUGAAAAAAGCAUUUCAAAUUCUAAAUGAAACAUCAUCGGCAACUGAUUCAUAUUUCACUUACGGCCAGCACAUUGAAACAAACUCCGUAAAUAUGAUCAAUGAACUUUAA